AGUAACUUCCGGCUUAACUUCAAAAAAAAAAAAAAAAAAAAAAAAGACUGUUUCAGCUGGAAUGGUUAGUUCGCUAAUGUACAAUAAACUAUGAAACGGGUAUUUCCGCUGAAUAUCUGAGAGUAAUCUUGAAGAGCUGUUUCCGCUAUGGAUGAUCAGAUCAGUUCCACUACAGAGGAUCAGAAGUACCUGCAGCAGGCAGGAGACAAACUCGCCCCCGAAGUGUUUACGGAGGAGGUGUCAGAGUUCUCCGACUGUAAAAGCUUCGACUAUGAUGAUAUUUUGGAUUUGGCCGGAGGCGCAAAAGACGCCAUCGAGAGACACCGAUCGGAAGAUCAGCUCGUGGACAUAAAAAACGUACAGAUCAUAAACUCUCCUGAAAAAGAGGAAGCACACGAGGAAGUUAAAGCACCAUCGUCUCAGUUGUGGGAUCUGCUGUAUUGGCAUGACAUACAGAAGACAGCAUGUGUGUUCGGAGGGACACUGUCACUAUUGAUCUCUCUGAGUCUGCUCAGCAUCAUCAGUGUGUGUUCAUACAUGGCUCUGGCUCUGUUAUCCAUCACCAUCUGCUUCCGAAUCUACAGAGGAAUCACAGAGGCUCUACAGAAAAGCGAAAACACACACCCGUUUAAAGUGUACCUAGAGCAGGAUGUCACUCUACCAGCUGAUGUAAUUCAUAAACACGGUGAUGUGCUGUUGAAGCAUAUCAAUGCCACUGUUAAUGAGAUGAAGCAUCUUUUCCUGGUGGAGGAUCUGAUUGACUCUCUGAAGUUAGCAGUGCUGCUGUGGGCUCUGACCUACGUCGGUUCUGUGUUUAAUGGACUCACCCUUCUCAUUAUCGGUGAAGUUGCAGCAUUCACCUGUCCAAUACUCUAUGAAAACCACAAGACGCAGAUUGAUCAUUACUAUGGACUGGUGAACAGCCACCUGCAAGACAUAGUGAAAAAGAUUCAGGCAAAGAUUCAUGGAGUGAAGAAUAAAGCUGAAUAAAGUGCAUCAGUAUUGGAAUGCAAGCGAAUAAACAGCGUGGAGUGUGUGUGUUUAUGAAAAGCUGUUCUGUUACUGUAGUGUAUGUUAAUCAAUUGUGUGUUAGGGAAAAAAUCCACUUAAAAUACAUGGAUUGUGUAUUUUCAUUUUCCCCAGCUUUAUUACUUCUCAUUGCUGCAGUGUUUAUUUCAUAGAUUUUUGUGUGUAAAUGAAAAUAGGUUUAUAAAAGAAUAAAAUGAGAGUGUAUUUUUCUGCAUCUUUAUUGUUAAUGUGAAUAGCAUUAGUUAUAGCGUAUAUUGAAUAUGAUGACUGUGAAGAUCAAUUUAAAUCGUAUUUCAUAUAGCUUUAUUUUUCUUUAUACUGCUGUCUGUCUGGGAAAAUAAAAUAAAUGCAAAUAAAUCAUAUGGAUGAAUUCA